AUGGCUGAUAAAAUAGUGAAAAACCUGUAUGGAGAGAACGGACUGGAUGACAUGGAGAAAACAUCAGUGACCCUGGUUAUGUACAACAAGUCAGAAGUUAAACCUGUGGGUAAGAAACGCUUCAAGGUGGUGAACCCAAAGAACAAGAAGAAAUACAACAUCGAUUUCCUUAUAGUUACUGGCGCAUGCAAGUCCCUUCUUAGCUUGAGAGUUAGUGAGCACCUACAACUGCUGACUAUUAAUAAACAAAAUAUACUUGCCAUGUACUGCAAUGCUGUUGAGAGUGGACUUUUCACAAAGGAGGAUUGCCUCUCCCUGCACAAAGAUGUUUUCUCAGGAGAAGGGAAACUGGAAGGACAACUCACAUCUGGAGAUUGA